ACAAAUUAACUAGUUGUACUUGUAGGUCAGGUCCUUCAAUCUGAUCCAAUACCGAAACUCCGCGCGUGCUAUUAUCUUUCGCUCUCCUGCCAUUGUAGCUUCCUAUACAAGAACGAACACAAAAAACCCUAACCCUAACUUCUCAUCCAAUCAUGGCUACCGAUGCCCGUGACUCGCGUCACAAGCAUCGCCGAUCACCCUCCCCGGAGGAUGUGGACAGAUCCUCGAAGCGCCACAAGCACCGCCACCGCCAUCGCCACCGCCACGGGAACAAAAAGCGCGAUGAAGAUAUUGAAUUCGACGAUCGAACAAUUGCUGCUGUUCCUUCUCCAACUCCGCAUAGACAUGCACAGGAGGACGAUGUGGAGGAAGGAGAGAUCCUCGACGACGAAGCUCUCGAUAGCGAGGUAGGGAAAAAAGAGACUGAAUCUGAUGUCGAACCUGGUGAAAUCAAGGUGACUGGAGAUCGAGAUGUUCAAUCCGAUAAUCAAAAUUCGGGACACCUCACUGUAAAUUCAGAAACUAAUGAGGACAUCAGGAUUGAUAAAUUUAUUAGUCCUGCAACCAAUACAGAUGGUGUCUCUCCUAAUCGUUUAAGUGCUGAGACUCAAGAUGGAAAACAUGCUACAGAUGGUCUGGACAAUGGUUAUUUGAAUCCUAAAUCUUCCAGGGCAGAUAAGUGGCGGAAUGGUGAGCUUGGACAUUUUAAAGGGAAUGAGAAACUAAAAGGUGACUUUGAUGCACUGGAGGCUAAUGUUAGGAAAACACAUUUCCAUAGGAAUUCGUCAUCCGAAAGUGGUGGAGACAAAGGUAGAAUAUCAGGAAGUUCUCCUUCUCAUGGCAGAUAUAGAAGUCGAUCAAGAUCAAUUGGUCAUACAAGAGACCGGUCUCGUUCUCGUAGUGUCAUAGAUGAAUAUGUUCAUUCCAAGAGAAGGCGCUCUGAAUAUGACUAUGAUGAGGAAAGAGUGAGGGCACGUGGAAGGGAACAUGGUCAUGGAAGUGUGGUAGAUGAUAGAAGGGAAUACAGUAGUGGAUAUCACAAUCGCGAUGCCCAUGAUAGAGAUAGGAGUAGGGAUAGAGACUUGUACAGAGAAAAAAAACAAGAGGAAACAAGCAGGGGUAAGGAGAUUGAGAGGGACCGUCAAAGGGUAAAGGAACGUGAAAGGAGCCGUGAGAGAUAUAAAAGGGAUGUAGAAAAAGAUAGGAGCAGGGAAAGGGAGGAUAGGGACAGGAGGCAAGAAAAGGAAAGAGAUAGGAGCUGGGAGACGGUGUUUGAGAGGGAUAUGAGAAGGGAAAAGGAAAGAGAUAGGAGUAGGGACAGAACAAGAGAUGCUAAGAGAGAUAGAGACCUGGAGAAUGAAAGGGAUGAUAAGAAUCGAGAAAGGGAUAAUAUUAAGGAGAGGGCAAGGCGAGAUGAUAGAUAUAGGCACAAGGAUAGAGACACUGCAAAUGGUAAAGAUAGGCAUGUGCGUCAUGAAGAUGGUAAUGACAAUGGAGAUAAAUAUAGAAAACAUUCGAGACAUGAAGAAAAUGAUUACCAUUGGGAUAGAAAAAUAAAUCCUGGUAAUCCUGUAAAGGAUUAUACUUCAAGGGGGGGAAGUACUGCAGAAGUGGGUGAAAGCAAACUAACAAGCAGUGAGGUUGAACCAGAUGACUUAGAGGAGGAUACAUUGCACUUACCUGACCAAGAAGAGGAAGAUCUCAACAGGAUCAAAGAAGAAAGUAGAAGAAGAAGGGAAGCAAUAAUGGAGAAAUACAAGAAGCAGCAUCAGCAAGUAGAAGUGGUUGGAAAUGAACGAAAAGACAAGGAUACAGACAUUCAAACUGAAACCUCUGAAGCACAUGAUGGUCAGAAUGAUGAUGCCGAUUAUGUGGAGCCAUCAUUUACUGUUGGAAAAUCUCCUGAAAAUGUGACUGUUGCUUCUCAGAAGAUAUCUCUUGCUGGAGGCCUGGGAGAGGGUACUCCAAAGAGUGAAAGGUCAGAGGACAAGUACUGUGACGAUAUAUUUGGGGAGACACCAACGGGAGUUCGAAAAUCAGGAAAAGGUGAUGGUUUAAUGAUUGAAAGGGUUGGCCUACAUGAUAACUGGGAUGAUGCAGAGGGAUACUACAGCUAUCGAAUUGGUGAAAUACUUGAUGGCCGGUAUGAAGUCACUGCUGCACACGGGAGGGGUGUCUUUUCAACAGUUGUUCGGGCAAAGAAUCUGAAGGUGGGAAAUGGUGAGCCAGAGGAAGUAGCAAUAAAAAUAAUUCGUAAUAAUGACACCAUGUACAAGGCUGGUAUGGAUGAAUUGGUCAUAUUGAAGAAAUUAGUAGGUGCAGAUCCAGAUGAUAAACGUCAUUGUGUUCGUUUCCUUUCAAGUUUUAGAUACAGGAAUCAUCUUUGUUUAGUUUUUGAAUCUCUUAAUAUGAAUCUCCGUGAGGUUUUAAAGAAGUUUGGUCGCAAUAUUGGCCUUAGGCUAACAGCUGUGAGAGCAUACGCAAAACAGCUUUUUAUUGCCUUGAAGCAUCUCCGGAACUGUGGUGUUCUUCAUUGUGACAUAAAGCCAGAUAAUAUGUUGGUAAAUGAGGCUAAAAAUGUUUUGAAGCUUUGUGACUUUGGUAAUGCAAUGUUUGCUGGUAAAAAUGAAGUUACACCAUAUCUUGUGAGUCGUUUUUAUCGUGCCCCAGAAAUAAUACUUGGCUUGGCAUAUGAUCAUCCAUUGGAUAUUUGGUCUGUAGGCUGUUGUUUGUAUGAGUUAUAUGUAGGUAAGGUUCUUUUCCCUGGGCUUACUAACAAUGACAUGCUGCGACUUCACAUGGAACUGAAGGGCCCAUUUCCAAAGAAGAUGCUACGAAAGGGAGCAUUUACUGAACAACAUUUUGAUCAGGACCUGAAUUUUCUUGCAACCGAGGAAGAUCCUGUGACAAAAAAGGCCAUAAAGCGGCUGAUUCUCAACAUUAAGCCAAAAGAUAUUGGAACACUUAUCACUGGCUCUUCCGGGGAGGAUCCAAAAAUGUUGGCCAACUUUAGGGAUCUUUUGGAAAAAGUUUUUGUCCUGGAUCCAGACAAGAGGCUGACAGUGUCACAAGCUCUGAACCACCCAUUCAUCACUGGCGUACACUUUACUGGCGGUUCUUUCAGUGGAAUGUACUGUUUCUAUUGACACAUAUCACUGGUUUGAGGCAUCCCUUCAUGCUUAGAUGCUUAAAAGGAACCCAGGAGAAGGUACCUUGGCUUGUUUAUUGGGAGAUUAAUUUCACCGUGCUGGAAUGAGUUAUGAUUUCCAUUUUCAUUAACAGUGGUAAUAGAAUAACUACCACAUUCGAGUAGGAACUUAUUUCAAUGAGCUUGAGCUGUCAAUUUUUUUUAUGAGGAGAAUCAGUGGUUAUUGGUGCUGUUUGAGCUACUCACGUUAAUUAUUGUUGUUAGCUGGGUACAUGAGUUAAGGGGAGGGAAGUGGUCAGUGUUGAACUUGCUUCCGAUUCUAGAUACAUGUGCCACUAGGCCAUACGCCUAGUUUUUACUGCCUUUUAAAUUGUUUCAGUAUAAAUGGUCGAAUUCCCAAGCAAUAGCUUUUUCCGCAUAUUUCUUUUUAUUUUUAGUCAUGACUUAGGUGUGUGGAUAUUUUUUUCUUGAAUUGUACUUGAGCAUGCCUUUCCAUCUGUUGUCUUGUGUUAUUUAUAAUACUUUUUUCCUUGAAUUUACCCAUACACAUAUCCUAAUAAACUUGUGUUGCAUCUUAUCCAUGGCGGGUCAUGUUGGAGGCAAUUCCACUGGAUGUCUUUGGCUAUGUUCUUGAAGCAAAUCCGUUUGACGGUAGCAUCUUGGUCCUGCAAUUUUUAAUUCAUUUCUUAGGGAUGACAUGCGCAUACGUAUUUUAAAAUUUAGUGAAAGAAGACGGUCGCGAAUUGGGUUGGGAUGCCACCAUAAGGGGACUAAAAAAUAACUCAAUGCUGUUAAAUUAUCGUUAUGGUGCUGCCAUGAUGCUAUAACGUGUCAUUUUCUUUGCUUAUUCUGUCUGUCCAUCACUUCAGAUACUCAGUCAAUUUUCACUCAUGUUUCUCAAUGUAUGUGUUUAUGUUCACCAUCAAUCCAAUGAUAUUGUGCUGAGUUUUUUUUUAAUAUAUAUUUCAUAAUUUUGUUCUGUUUUUUGAACUUCUGAAACACGUUGCAUGAGGUUUUUUUUUUUUAAUUAAACCGAUGUUGCUUCCAAUAAAAAUUUCAGUUCAAGGACUAUGUGAAACACACUCAAUCAAAUUCUUUCGAGAUUUGAUUCCAGUCUAUGAUCCUGUCGUUUUAAAUUUGUUUUUGCAGUCUUUUCUGUUAUUAUACAUUCUCCAUGGCUUCCAUCAUUGACUGAAUUUGGAUUCUUUGCUCGGUUUUUUGUGCCUGCCCUUUUACCGUGCCUACAAAAUAGACUGAUUUUGAUAUUUUAAAACAUAUUUGAAAGCUUUUUUAAUUUACCAAUAUUAGUAUAUUUCGAAGACUCAGCAGAGACAAUUCUAAAAUCUCAAUAGAGUCUGGGUAGAAAAGGUUGGUCAAUUCUUUUGCAGUCCUCGGUUGGCUUCAAUGCAUGUACACUUUAGCCUGUCAGUUUACCUUUUUAUAUUUUAAUUUGAUAAUGAAUAGAAAAUAAAACGGCUUUGCAAAUUAAGUAACAAAAAUGAGUCAAGGUUUAGAUGACUGCCAUAUCUUACUAGUUUAGGACUAUUCUAAAAUUGGAAAGAUGAGACUACCAUUUUUCGGUGAAUGUGCUAUACUGGAGAACAAAGCAGACAAGCCUCAAAUGUUGUAUGCUGUUGUACCUUGGUUGUACAAGUUAAUUGAAACCUUUCCAGACAAGAUUGUCCUUGGAUGUGGGUAGUUUCUACCUCACCUUUGAGAAAAAGCUUUACUUGAUUGCUAUAGCUUUACUAAUUUAGGAGUUCUGAAACUUGAAACGACUUCCGAUUGACUACCGCCUCCUUUUUUUUUUGGAUAAAUGUAUAAAAUGUAUCUUGGAGAAACGUAAGGCCUAUCUCAAAUAUUGACAUAGUAAUGUAGAUCUACCUUGGCUGUAGAAAUCAAUGGUUAGCUUUCAAAACGAGAUUGUUCUCGGGUGUGGGUAGAUUGUACCUACAGAAAACUCUCUUUCGCUUGAUAUCUGUGAACCGUUUAUUCAUUUAAUAUCCUGAUCUCUUGAAUGUGUA